AUGAUCCACGUUGUUGCCAUCUUUCUCAACAUUCUUACCCGCCUCAAGCAAACCAUCCUAGCCUCGAUGCAGGAGCGAUCACAAGUCAUGAGAGGCAGACGACGCAGUCGAACCAAUGGAGGUAAUGAUGGCUCGACAUGUGAUACCACCCAUCUAGACAAACUAUACGUGGAAGUAAAAUACCUCGAUUUGCUUCUGAAACUGGCAGACCAUGUCCACCAUAGCGCAGGUGCGACAAGCUCGGACAAUGCAUGGCUGCCUGCCCGUAUGCAAAAGCGCAGCAUGAACCGCAAGCAGCUUGUGUCUACAUCUACCGACGAUGUACAAGGACUAUUUCGAUUUAUGGGCUACUACGUGAAUCGAGCGAUUCAUCGGAAGACAGAGCACAUGAAGCUCAUGCUACUCACAGAUGGGCUUGCAGUUGUCAAGGAUUUUAACGCCCAAGACGGAAGACAAACUCUACAUGGGAGGUAUGCAAUCCAUCCGGUGGAUAAUACCUAG